CACCUAUGGGGGGAGACACCGAGAUGCCCCACCUCCUGUGACGCGGGUGAUGAAGGGAAGCUGCCGGCCGCUGAGCACUGAGUUCCUGAGGUUCCCACGUGGUCUUGGAGCGGCUCACUGAACAACUCACGGGGGAAGGCCCGGAACACGAUGAACAAACUGAACUUCCAUAAUAACAGAGUCAUGCAAGACCGCCGCAGCGUCUGUAUUUUCCUCCCCAACGACGACUCCCUCAAUAUCAUUAUUAACGUUAAAAUCCUGUGCCACGAGCUGCUCGUUCAGGUGUGCGACCUGCUCCGUCUGAAAGACUGUCACCUCUUUGGACUCAGCGUCAUACAGAACAAUGAGCAUGUGUACAUGGAAUUGUCCCAGAAGCUCUACAAAUACUGUCCGAAAGAGUGGAAGAAGGAAGCAAGCAAGGGAAUUGACCAGUUUGGUCCCCCGAUGAUUAUUCACUUCCGCGUGCAGUAUUACGUGGAAAACGGCCGGCUGAUCAGUGACAGAACAGCCCGCUACUAUUAUUACUGGCACCUGCGGAAGCAAGUCCUGCGUUCCCAGUGCGUGCUGCGCGAAGAGGCCUAUUUCUUGCUGGCAGCUUUUGCGCUGCAGGCUGACCUGGGCAACUUCAAAAGGAACAAGCACUACGGGAAAUACUUCGAGCCUGAAUCGUACUUCCCUGCCUGGGUGGUUGCAAAGAGAGGGAAGGAAUACAUCCUGAAGCACAUCCCCAUCAUGCACAAGGACCAGUGCGCUCUGAGCGCCUCCGAAGCCCACCUGAAGUAUAUCAAGGAGGCCGUGCGGCUGGACGACGUCGCCGUGCAUUACUAUAGACUCUAUAAGGACAAAAAAGAAAUCGAGGCCUCUCUGACCCUUGGCCUCACCACGCGGGGGAUACAGAUAUUUCAGAAUUUGAACAGUGAAAGGCAGCUGCUUUUUGACUUCCCUUGGACGAACGUCGGGAAGCUUGUCUUUGUGGGGAAGAGGUUCGAGAUCCUCCCCGACGGCUUGCCGUCAGCCCGCAAGCUCACCUAUUACACGGGCUGCCCCACACGCUCCAGGCACCUCCUGCAGCUCCUGAGCAACAGCCACCGCCUCUACAUGAACCUACAGCCCAUCCUGCGGCAGAUCCGGAAGCUGGAGGAGAACGAAGAGAAGAAGCAGUAUCGGGAGUCCUAUAUCAGCGAUGCCCUUGACCUUGACAUGGACCAACUGGAGAAGCGGUCCCGAGCCAGCGGGAGCAGCUCCGGCAGCGUGAAACACAAACGCCUCUCCCGCCACUCCACCAUGAGCCACAGCAGCUCCCACACCUCCGGGAUCGAGGCUGACCCCAAGCCCAGAGAUCGUGCAGCCGAGGACGACUUCUUGCCAGCCUCCGUCCACCGCAAACUCAGGGCCUGCAGUUCGAUGACCAGCCACGGCAGCUCCCACACCUCUGGCGUGGAAAGCGGGGAGAAGGAGCGGCUGGAAGAGGACUCUCAGGACGAUGAAAUAGAAAUGCUGGUUGAUGACCCCCGAGACCUCGAGCCAACGAGCCAAACGUCUCUGGACGACAUUAGCCCCGACGUCUGCAUUUAUAUCACGGAGGACAUGCUGAUGGCGAGGAAGUUUAACGGGCACUCAGGAUUGGUUGUCAAAGAAGUCAGUUCUUCUACUUCCAGCUCCUCAGAGACCGUUGUCAAGCUCCGUGGCCAGAGCAUUGAUUCGUUGCCACAGACAGUCUGCAGAAAGCCAAAGACCUCCACCGACCGGCACAGCUUGAGCUUGGAUGACAUCCGGCUGUACCAAAAAGACUUCUUGCGCCUGGCAAGCCUGUGCCAGGAGACAGCCCAGAGCUACACGUUCGGGUGCGGCCACGGACUGGCAGAAGAAGGCCUGUAUUGUAACGGCUGCUUGGCUCAGCAGUGCGUCAACAUCCAAGACGCUUUCCCCGUCAAAAGAACCAGCAAAUACUUCUCCCUGGAUCUCGCCCACGAAGAAGUGCCAGAGUUCGUUGUCUGACGCCGCCUCUUCCCGAGCGCUGCUUCAGAGCUGGUUGCUCUAGAAGGACGACCCAAUGAAGGCACAUAGUGGUUUCCUUGUGCUGUUUUUAUGGUGCCAUAGAGGGAUUUCUCUCCUUCCAUGUCUUUUCUCUCGGAUGCUAAAUAUCAAGGCAUUGUCCACCGUGGCACUGUUAACGGAACGACCUCCUUCUCAGGAGGUGGGAGACUGCGCCUCUCUUGGUGCCGUGUUGCAGAAUUUGAUCUGGGUUUAAAUUGGUUGGAUUUAGAAGGAAGGGUCUCUUCCUUUGAAUGUGUCUCAGUCAAACAUUCAUGGAUCCCUCGUUUUUGACAAAAAGGUGCACAACGUGUUUAACGUUUUGAAUUUUCUUUUUUCCACCUCGAGGAAGUUCCCGAUGUUUUCCACUCUUUGGAUGUUCUCACGUCUUACAUUGCCAUACAAGCUUCUCGGUUUUGUGCUUUGAUUUCUGCUUUUGUGGAGUGUGGACAGUAAAGUAACAAUGUCCCCGUUGUUUUUUUUGGGGGGGGGUCCAUCUUCUGUGUUGUGUCAAGCCAAAGAAACUGCACUCAUCCCAAACAGAUGCGACAUCACAAUAACCAAACAAAAGGAUAUUCAGUGUUGGUGACGGUAACAACAGAAAAGCAUACUGUGCUCGAUCCAUCUUGCAUUUUCUGUUCUGCAGAAACGAACUGUACUUGGGUUGUGAUCCGAGUAGAUCAUUCAUCGGGUGGUUUUGUGUAAAGUUUACAGGAAUAUCUGUGUUUCAAAAAGAGAGAGAGAUUGGGAUUUGGAAAGCUUCUGGAAGCUUCUUAUAAAAAGAAACCGAAGAACAAAUUAUCUUUAAAGAUGUAGCAAUAAGAUUUGCUGACCAAAGUACCUUAAGAGACAGAAAGUGAGAGACAGAGAUUAUAUAAAAAUACAUAUAUAAUUCUAUGGAGAGAAGUAUAUGUUUUAUGUAUGUAUGGAACGUAUAGACCCCCUCUAUGUUUAAUUUUGCCUUUUCUAUUUCUCGUCCUUUUUUCAAGAAAGAGAUAAUUAUGCCUUUCUUUCAUGAUACAUAUAUAGACAAUCAUAUAAGCACUAACCUUAUGCAAGGUGAAUGAAAGUUUCCCUUUUUGCGGUCCAGGAGCUGGGGGGUGCUCCUGCAUUGCAAGGUUUCCUGUCUGUCUUUCAAUCGUAUAUCAUGUUUUCUUUCUUUCUAAACUCGGGCUUUCUUAUACCCCGAGAUAUUUCUCAUGUUUGAAGUUCCCCUGCGGAGCCAGUGAAAACCGGAAGCCGCGUGUUUUCCUGUUGUAAUCUGGCAAAGUUCUCUUUGGCUGCCAUCUUCGGACCGCCUUAAGAGUGGUUCCCCGUAGGGUCCUGGGAUGGGGGACUGUGAGGGGUGGGCCACAGUUCUCAGCACGUGUUGCUGUCCCCCCCACACACACACACACACACACAUCAUCCAGGAACUCUAGAAGGAGGGAGCGUAGAAAUUUGUGAAAGUCCUUUGCCUGGUUCAGUCUGUAAUAGGAAGGGAGCAGCGUUCUCACAGCGUUCUUCUGUGCAAUGGGAGACAGCCAGCAUGCCCGAGGAUUUCUGAGGAUCCUGCUCAGUGGAGAAAAGAAGCUUGUUAGAUUUGCCUCCUCGGAGCUGGCUUUACGACGGGGGAAUCACCAAAAACUGCAUGGCCAAGCUACUUCCUCCAGUACCCCAUUUCCUUCCCAGCACAAGCAGCAUACCAGUUACGGGCUUUUGGCUUCAGGGUAUGAGGUAUAGCUGAGGGCCAUAGAACCUUCCCCCCGAGCUGAGCUUUAGGGCAUCUUUGCUUAGAAUGUGCGCCCAAACAGAUGCACGCAAAAAUAGUUUGCAUAAGACAUAUUAUAAUGUGUGCAUGCAGCAACUGCAGGCUUCUGACCUACUUGUAUCACCACGGUAUAUUUAUUUAUAGUCCUCUAUAAAUAAAAGUAUCAAGCCUGAUUUGAUCCUGGCAAGGUAAAAAAAAAAAAACACUCUUAACCCCCACCCCACCCCACUACCACCGCUCAUUUUGCAUUUGUGCGGCAUUCUGUUGAAACCUGUGCUGCUAUCUCGCAUGGUUUCAGUGAAAAGUUGUGUGAGUGCAAAUCCGUAUUGCAGGGAACGGGGCAGUUUCUGCCUCGCUAGCGUCAGACCUAAUCCAGGUACAUGCUGCAGAAAGCUUUGUGACUAUAAGAGCACAACCAUUGAGAGAGUCUAUACACGAGACGAAUUACACAAGAAUGCUCGGGUGAAGGGAGAUGCGAUGUUAACCGGGAAU